GACUUCACAGUUGGUGCGCGGCUGCCUUCCGACUUUGUUUCGCCGGGUCUCUACGGGUCAACUUGUUGACUGAGAGAGUACCUCGAAAGUUUAGGUGGAAGAUGUGGGACAGUACCUUCGCCGAGAGUAGCGACAGAAGCGAGAAGCAGGUUUCUGGUGCUGAAGUCAUCGCCCAGGCCCUGAAAACCCAAGAUGUGGCGUACAUGUUUGGCAUCGUGGGCAUCCCAGUGACCGAAAUCGCCGUUGCGGCGCAGAAGCUGGGCAUCACAUAUGUCGGGAUGAGGAAUGAGCAAGCCGCUUGUUAUGCUGCCUCUGCGAUUGGAUAUCUGACAGGCAGGCCAGGCGUAUGCCUUGUUGUUUCUGGCCCAGGUCUCAUCCACGCUUUGGGUGGUAUGGCAAAUGCAAACAUGAACUGUUGGCCCUUGAUUGUGAUUGGUGGUUCUUCUGAAAGAAGGCAGGAAACGAUGGGAGCCUUCCAGGAGUUUCCACAGGUUGAAGCUUGUAGAUUAUAUAGCAAGUUCUCCGCCCGGCCAAGCAGCAUAGAAUGUAUUCCCUCUAUUAUCGAAAAGGCAGUGAGAAGCAGUAUUUAUGGUCGUCCAGGUCCUUGUUAUGUUGACAUACCUGCAGAUUUUGUGAACUUCCAAGUGAAUGUGAAUUCUGUAAAGUACGUGGAGUGCUGCAUGCCACCUCCUGUUAGUAUGGCAGAAACCUCUGCUGUGUACAUGGCAGCAUCUGUUAUUAGAAAUGCCAGACAGCCCCUUCUUAUCAUCGGGAAAGGUGCUGCUUAUGCGCAUGCAGAGGAGGCCCUCAGGAAAUUGGUGGAGCAAUGUAAAUUGCCAUUUCUGCCCACCCCCAUGGGAAAGGGCGUUAUCCCUGAUAACCAUCCAAACUGUGUGGCUGCAGCCAGAUCCAGGGCUUUGCAAUUUGCUGAUGUAAUUGUAUUAUUUGGUGCCAGAUUAAAUUGGAUUUUGCACUUCGGACUGCCUCCAAGGUAUCAGCCAGAUGUGAAGUUUAUCCAGGUUGAUAUCUGUGCAGAAGAAUUGGGGAAUAAUGUAAAGCCUGCUGUGACUUUGCUAGGAGACAUAAAUGCUAUCACUAAACAGCUUUUAGAACAAUUUGAUAAAACACCAUGGCAGUAUCCUCCAGAGAGCAGCUGGUGGCAAACUUUGAGAGAAAAAAUGAAGAUCAAUGAAGCUGCUUCCAAGGAAUUAGCUUCCCCAAAAUCCCUGCCUAUGAAUUAUUACACAGUAUUCUACCAUGUUCAAGAACAACUAUCCAGAGACUGUUUUGUGGUAAGCGAAGGAGCAAAUACUAUGGAUAUUGGACGCACUGUGAUUCAGAACUACCUUCCUCGUCACAGGCUCGAUGCUGGUACUUUUGGAACAAUGGGAGUUGGUUUGGGAUUUGCCAUUGCAGCUGCUAUAGUGGCUAAAGAUAGAAACCCAGGGCAACGUGUCAUCUGUGUGGAGGGAGACAGUGCAUUUGGGUUUUCUGGCAUGGAGGUGGAAACCGUCUGCAGGUACAACUUGCCCAUUAUAAUUUUGGUGGUGAAUAAUAAUGGAAUUUACCAAGGUUUUGAUGCAGAUUCUUGGAAGGAAAUGUUAAAAUUUGGAGAUUCUACUGCAGUGGCUCCUCCGUUCUGUCUUCUACCAAACUCACAUUAUGAGCAGGUUAUGACUGCAUUUGGAGGCAAAGGGUAUUUUGUACAAACACCAGAAGAACUCCAAAAAUCACUGAAGCAGAGCUUGGCAGACACAACUAAACCUUCUCUUAUCAAUAUCAUGAUUGAACCGCAAUCAGCACGGAAGACCCAGGAUUUUCACUGGCUGACCCGCUCUAAUAUAUAAAUAAAGAUGCCAGGGUUUGGUCUUGAGGAGUUUUCUCUUUCUUGUAAGAUGGAAUUUUAUUUUCCACAGCAAAAUUAAUAAAAUGUUAAAAAUUAUUGUACAAAGAAAAAUAAAAAAAAAUCUCUAAAUGACAUUUCAUAGUAAAGGAAUUGACUAUAAACAGAAAAAGUUACAAGUAUUCUACCACAGAUAUAACCCAUUUACAGAUGAAAGGUAGAAGUGGGUUUUAUUAAAUAAUAGCAUUGUAACUGCCUAACUGCUGAGUCACACAUCAGUAUUCUUUUACAUAAAUCCAUUCUUAAAGUCACAUUUUUUUAAUUUAAUUUUUUUUAAAGAUUUUAU